GCCAACGAGAGCCCAAAAUAAGCCCAUUAAUUGUGUAACAGGGAACAAACCAACUCUCUGUAGUCUAUUAUAAUCGUGGUGGUGAAUUUGGGAAUUUUGCAGAGCCGUUAAACCCUAGGACGGAGAAGAAAACCCUAGACCGGCGGCGAAGAUCAUCUGAUUAGAUGUCGGAUAAUAAAGACCACGAUUCCGAUUCAGAUGCUCCGGAAGAAUUCACCCAAGAGCAGGCGAAGCUGGAAGAUGAAGCAUUGAGGAAAAUACAGAGAGAGAAUAAGACUAGGAUUUCCCGUGAAAAGAAAGAGAGGCGCAAGCUUAUGGCAGAGAAAAUAACGCCCCGGAAAUCUCGAAAGAUUGAAAAAUUCGAGGAUAUAGAUAAAGAAGAAGAAGAAGAACCUGAGGAAAACUCUGAAGCUCUUGCAAAGAAGGGAUUCCUUUCCAAAGACAUCAUAGACUUUCUUGCAGAGCGAGAAAAGCAAAAUGCCGAGUCAGAUUCUGAAGAAGAUGAGAUCAUAGACGAACUUCCGAGAAAGAAAAAGCAAAAAAGCUCAGGGAUCGAAACAGUUAUUUACAAGGACAUUCCACCACCGGAAUGCUUGAAAACCGGGUUAGAUUUCUUGAAGAUGAGGAGAGCGCAAGUCCCGAGAUCGUCUUCAGUCAUCAAGAACUCUGGCCAAGCUCUUCGACUUGCCACCGGUGCUGCUUUAGCCAAGAAGCAACGACAGAGAAAGUGAAACUUAAGAUGUAAAAUUCAUGUGGGCUCAAUUCCAUAACAUUUUUGUUUGAGUUGGCCUUUUUGGCUACUUCUACUGCUACCUACAUGUAUCAGAUUAUUUAUUACUAAUAUUGUUCAAACGCUCUCAACACAAUCAGCUUCAUUAAA